GGAGGCAGCACCCGGGGACACGCGUAUCCGCCGCGGGGCCGGGGAGCGGGCACAAGGACCAGCCACCUGGAUGGGACCGGCCGCCGCCGACUCUCGUCCGUGGGACGAUAGCAGCCCCCUAGGCAGGUAAAAAAACACCCUUCCAACUCAGGGAAACCUUGAUGAUUUUGUGUUUUUGAAAUUGAAUCAACAAUGAAGACGUGAUAUCUGGGAUAAAAGAGCAACUUGGCUGCUGACUUUCUUAUCAGAAUUUCAAGUGAUUGUGUGAGCAGAAACAAGCUGCAAAGGAUCUUUGUGUCACCCAGCUAUUGGGAGAAUGUACUGCCCUGAGGCUAUUUACUUAACUACUGUUCUCAUGUAGAUCAUUUAGUUUUUCUGACCAUGUCUAUCCCUGAAAUAGUAAAUAACAUCCCUAGAUUCUUUGUUGGAACUGAAGAGGGAGAAGCAGAUGAGCUAGGAGAUCCUGCCAAGCCUGGAGAUUUUCAGCACUUCUAUGGACAUGCAGAUGAAGAAGAAGAGGAAGAUGAUUCUCCACCAGAAAGGCAGAUUGUGGUUGGAAUAUGUUCCAUGGCAAAGAAAUCCAAAUCGAAACCAAUGAAGGAAAUUCUUGAACGUGUCUCCUUAUUUAAAUACAUCACAGUAGUAAUAUUUGAAGAGGAUGUUAUUUUGAAUGAACCAGUAGACAACUGGCCACUAUGUGAUUGUCUUAUUUCUUUCCAUUCUAAAGGAUUUCCACUGGACAAAGCAGUUGCCUAUGCAAAACUCAGGAAUCCAUUUGUGAUCAAUGACUUGAAUAUGCAAUAUCGUAUACAAGACAGGAGAGAAGUGUAUAGUAUUCUUCAAGCUGAAGGUAUUUUACUUCCUCGUUAUGCAAUUUUAAACCGAGAUCCAAAUAAUCCCCAAGAAUGCAAUCUAAUUGAAGGGGAGGAUCAUGUAGAAGUAAAUGGAGAAGUUUUCCAAAAGCCAUUUGUAGAAAAACCCCUCAGUGCUGAGGACCACAAUGUUUACAUUUAUUAUCCCACAUCUGCUGGAGGUGGAAGCCAAAGGCUCUUUAGAAAGAUUGGAAGCAGAAGUAGUGUUUACUCCCCAGAAAGCAGCGUGAGAAAAACAGGCUCAUACAUUUAUGAGGAGUUCAUGCCUACAGAUGGCACUGAUGUCAAGGUAUACACAGUAGGUCCAGAUUAUGCCCAUGCUGAAGCACGGAAAUCCCCUGCACUUGAUGGCAAAGUAGAACGUGAUAGUGAAGGGAAGGAAGUCAGAUAUCCUGUUAUCCUCAAUGCUAGAGAGAAGUUAAUUGCUUGGAAAGUCUGCCUUGCAUUUAAGCAAACGGUUUGUGGCUUUGAUUUGUUACGUGCCAAUGGACAAUCCUAUGUCUGUGAUGUCAAUGGCUUCAGUUUUGUGAAGAAUUCUAUGAAAUAUUAUGAUGACUGUGCAAAAAUACUUGGCAACAUUAUAAUGCGAGAGCUUGCUCCACAAUUUCAUAUCCCCUGGUCAAUACCAUUAGAAGCUGAAGAUAUUCCAAUUGUACCAACAACAUCUGGAACUAUGAUGGAACUUAGGUGUGUUAUAGCGGUUAUACGUCAUGGAGAUCGGACACCAAAACAGAAAAUGAAAAUGGAAGUGAGACACCAAAAAUUUUUUGAUCUUUUUGAAAACUAUGAUGGCUAUAAAACUGGGAAAUUAAAACUGAAAAAGCCAAAACAAUUACAGGAAGUAUUGGAUAUCGCUCGACAGCUUUUAAUAGAACUGGGACAAAAUAAUGAUUCUGAAAUUGAAGAAAGUAAAUCAAAACUUGAACAAUUAAAAACUGUAUUGGAGAUGUAUGGUCAUUUUUCUGGAAUAAAUCGUAAGGUCCAAUUGACUUAUCUCCCUCAUGGUUGUCCUAAAACAUCUAGUGAGGAAGAAGACAGUAGAAGAGAAGAACCAUCUUUACUUUUGGUUCUGAAAUGGGGAGGAGAAUUAACUCCUGCAGGAAGAGUCCAGGCUGAAGAACUUGGAAGAGCUUUCAGGUGUAUGUAUCCUGGAGGACAAGGUGACUAUGCAGGAUUUCCUGGUUGUGGAUUACUUAGAUUACAUAGUACCUACCGACAUGACCUCAAAAUAUAUGCUUCUGAUGAGGGACGAGUCCAAAUGACUGCAGCAGCUUUUGCAAAGGGACUUUUGGCUCUAGAAGGUGAGCUUACCCCCAUUCUUGUCCAAAUGGUAAAAAGUGCAAAUAUGAAUGGACUUUUGGAUAGUGACAGUGAUUCCCUAAGUAGUUGCCAGCAUCGUGUGAAAGCAAGACUUCAUGAAAUACUUCAGAAAGAUAGAGAUUUUACUCCUGAAGACUAUGAAAAGCUUACUCCAUCUGGGAGCAUUUCUGUUAUGAAAUCAAUGCAAUUAAUUAAAAAUCCUGUGAAGACCUGUGACAAAGUUUACUCUUUGAUUCAGAGCUUAACUUCUCAAAUCAGACAAAGAAUGGAAGAUCCCAAGUCAUCAGACAUCCAACUUUAUCACAGUGAAACCUUAGAACUAAUGCUACGUCGAUGGUCCAAGUUGGAAAAGGACUUUAAAACCAAGAAUGGAAAAUAUGACAUCAGUAAAAUCCCUGACAUAUAUGAUUGUAUCAAAUAUGAUGUUCAGCAUAAUGGCUCCUUGAAAUUAGAAGAUACAAUGGAUUUGUACAGACUUUCAAAGGCAUUAGCAGAUAUUGUUAUCCCUCAGGAAUAUGGCAUAUCUAAAGUUGAAAAACUGGAGAUUGCCAAAGGCUACUGCACUCCUUUGGUUAAGAAAAUUCGAUCAGACCUCCAGAGAACACAAGAUGAUGACACUGUAAAUAAGCUCCAUCCUUUGUAUUCCAGAGGUGUUAUGUCUCCUGAACGUCAUGUCCGUACUAGAUUAUAUUUCACCAGUGAAAGUCAUGUACACUCUUUACUAUCCAUCCUUCGUUAUGGUGCCUUAUGUGACGAAUCAAAAGAUGAUCAGUGGAGACGUGCUAUGGAUUAUCUAAAUGUUGUCAAUGAACUUAAUUACAUGACUCAGAUUGUUAUCAUGCUCUAUGAGGAUCCAAACAAGGAUCUGUCCUCCGAAGAGCGUUUUCAUGUUGAGCUACACUUUAGCCCAGGAGCCAAAGGCUGUGAAGAAGACAAAAAUUUACCAUCUGGGUAUGGUUAUAGACCUGCUUCAAGAGAGAAUGAAGACAAAACGAAAUUCUGCAAAAAAUGUGACUGCGAUGAUGAGGCACGCAAAUGUAAAAGGGAUGAGCCUGAUAGAGCUGUAGUAAUUUUCAAACCCAUGGUAUCAGAUCCAAUUCACAUACACAAAAAAUCUGCCCUUCCACGAUCUAGGAAGGCAAGUGAAGUAGACUAUUCAAGUAAAACAUUGAAGACUUUUUCCAGCGCCCACCACCUCCAUGGAAAUCAGAAGUUUGUACUUCCUAAAGACACUCAGAGAAACAGACUAUUCUCUUCAUUUGGUGAAGAGAGCCCCCUGAGUGUGUCUAGCCCAGAGGGUACUGGUACCUGGCUGCAUUACACCAGUGGUGUGGGUACUGGGCGUCGAAGACGCAGAUCAGGGGAACAAAUCACCUCUUCCCCUGUCUCCCCUCAAUCACUGGCAUUCACAUCCAGUAUUUUUGGCUCAUGGCAACAGGUUGUUUCAGAAAAUACUAAUUUUAUGAGAAAACAAAGGACUGUGGACCAGAAGCAGAAUGCAGUAGGGUCUCACUGUGCGAGCCUGUUUAGCACCUCGGUGCUCGGGGGUUCUUCAAGUGCACCUAACCUACAGGAUUAUGCUCGUACUCAUCGUAAAAAGCUGACUUCUUCUGGCUGCAUAGAUGACGCCACACGUGGUUCUGCUGUUAAAAGGUUUUCUAUCUCAUUUGCUCGACACCCAACCAAUGGCUUUGAAUUAUAUUCCAUGGUGCCAUCUAUCUGCCCUCUAGAAACUCUUCACAAUGCCUUAUCUUUAAAGCAAGUGGAUGACUUUCUUGCUUCUAUUGCACUUCCACCAAAUGAAAGAAGAAUGACAACUCCUUCUUGUUCUCAGCUUUGUGAUUCAAGCCCACCUCCAAGAAGAAAAAUAUCUUUAAAUACCUACACACCUGCAAAGAUCCUCCCAACACCAUCUUACACCAUAAAGACUCCUAAAGGAAGUAAAGAAGACAUUAGUGCAUCUAAAAAGACUUCAGAUAACAGAACUGAAGAUGAAAUUGAACAUAAAAAAACCUCUGAGGAGAAGAAAUGAAAUCUUUCUGAAACUGGAAUCAGAUGCCGCCUUCCCCACCAAAAAAAAUUACUAGUGGGAAAAAAGAACACAAUAAACCUUUACUUCUCAAAGCCAUUCAUUGAAGUUUCUUGUUUUACGCUAUGUAUCCAUUUAAAUGUUUUCAGAGCUGCUGUACACUUUGCAUAUAUUCAGGUAAAAGGGUCUUUUGUUAUUGUCUUGAAAUAUUUAAGACAGAGGUGUCCUGAAUGUUUAGCCAGUUGUAACUUUGUAUAUUAAAGAAGCUACACAUUUUUUUGUGUGUGUCUGAUGUUUACUGUAUACCUGUGGUGGAGGAAGAAAGGUGGUGGGAAAAGCCCCACUGGUAUGUACUGUAGUGGCUCUCACAUCUCACUCUACAGUAUAAUAGUAUUGCCAUUACACAGUCCUCUAUUUUCAGAGGAUUACAAAUUGGUGUCGAAAACCUUUCUUAGGUUGAAACAACAUUCUGAGAACAUUGUUUAUUUAAGUAUUUCCAGAAUGAUCUCAUUGACCAUUUAAGUUAAAAUCUUUUACAUUAUGGAGGUUGUUGUUGAUCACUUAUGCUGCAAUAUUUAGAUAUCUGGAGUAUCUUUGAAGGAAGAGAUUUCUUCUGUCCAUGCUUUGAAUCUUUUUUUAAAAUAUGUUAUGUGUAUGUUUUAAGUUAAAUUCAAUAUUAUUUGAGGAUUAAAUUUGCAUAUUUGGAAUUGACAUACCCAUAAAAAUGUAAAAAUUACUUUGUAGAAACAUUUCUUAUAUAUAUAUAUAUUUUUUUUUUCUCAUAAGGAGUGCUUUUGUUUAUCGGAAAAUUGCUUGUUUCAUGUAUUGACAAGAAAGCAUCUCUUUGGGUUUAAUUUUUUCAAGGGUAACUUUAUGAAUUUUCCAGUAGGAGAAAUUUUAAAUAAUAUGUUCCUACUCUCAAAGGGUAAUGGUGACCCUUUUCAACUUAAGGAAUUCAGUCCCAAAUUGAGUGAUGUUAUUAGAAUAAUUGGAUGUUAACUGUUCAGACUUAAAAACUUAACAAACAUCUUAGGUUAGUAAUGUUUGUACCACCUUCAUUAUUUCUGUGAUUUUUUUUCUCAUCUCAUUAUAAAAUGACAAACUUAAGGAUUUUAAAUGGGUGCUUUUAAAAUUAUUGGAUUUUUAGCAUAAUUAUCUAAGAUCAUUGUGUGUUGUGAUUUCAUCUAUGGCAUGAAGUAUUAAGGCUUCAGAAUUAUCAUCCUCAUUCUUCUUACUGCCUCAUUUAUUAUGAGCCACUUAAGACUAUAAACCAAACAAGACAGCCUGAUACCAAGAAAUCCACAUAUUACAAAUUAGAUAAUUUCUCUUGGUGUAGAACAUUAGUGUAAAAUUAACAUUUAAAGAUAAGUAAUUUUUAUUAACUACUCUCAGUAUGAACAGAAUUCUGUCUCACAGGAGAAACUGUACUAAUUGUCAAAUGAUCAUAUAUAAAAUGGCAUUUAGAAAAUAUGUAUACUAAGUGCUGGUUAUAUAAAGGUACCAAAUACAAAGGACACACAGACAUAUAACUUCCUUAUAUUUCACAUGAAUGUAAAUGUAUAAUGUAAGCAUUUGAAUGUACUUGUUAAAUAUUCUGUGUUUUAAAUGUGCUUUAUCAUUCCAUUAAAAUCUUCAUUUUAAAAUAGUUGCUGAGCUUAAUAAAAAUGGCAGUUUCA